AGAUAUGUAUGCAUUGCGAUGACGAUUAUUUUUCUUAAUUUGAAUGGAAGAAAUAGUAAUACAAUCUCAAUUUUUUUUCCCUUUUUACAAAUACUUUAAUCAUUGCCAGUAACUCAAAUUAGAAUUAAGCAACCGUAAAUCCACAUUGAUGGUAAGGAAUAGAAGAAUAUUGGCUCAAGGAAAAUAUUGUGAUUUUUGGACAAAAAAAUAAUCUGGACAGUGACACAUUCGUUAUUAAAAAAAAAAGAAAAACUGAAAAGAAAAGAAGUUUCUGAUUCUUCUUGGAUCAUCAUAGAUUCAGAAACCCAAUUCCAUUUUCUUUUGGGGAAGAAGUUGAGCUAAGAUUAAGCGCGGAAGCUCAACUAUAGAUAAUCUUCUGGUUGCUGCUCAACGAAGGACUUGUUUAAUCAUUAUCAUCAUCAUGGCAUCGACCCGACGGCCCUCAGAUUGUAGAAACUGUUGGCAAAAAUUGGCACGCCGGCGGUGAUUCUGGAGUACCAUUUACCUGAAAUUGAAGCUACCUGAUGCCGGAAAUCGAAGAAGAGCGUGUUGAAUUUAAGAAAAUAAAAAAUGCGAAGUUGAAGAAUCACUUUGAUAAACUUAACUGCGCAGACUGGGUAAAAGGUCAACUUUUGGGAUGCGGAUCCAAUGGAUCUGUGUAUGCGGGGGUCACUAGGGACGGAUUAUCUUUUGCGGCAAAAGAAGUAUCUCUUGACGAUGAUCAAGGAGAGAAAACAAAGGAGAGUAUUUGCCAACUGGAACAGGAAAUUGCUCUUCUUAGCCAAUUUGAACAUGAGAACAUCGUGCAGUACUAUGGCACCCAAAAGAAUCAAUGCAAACUCUACAUCUUUCUAGAGUUGAUGAAAGAAUCCCUUUUGAAUCGUUAUCAGAAGCAUCACCUCCGAGACUUGCAAGUUUCUGCCUUUACAAGACAAAUUCUCCACGGAAUGUUGUAUCUUCAUGAUAGGCAUGUUAUUCACAGGGACAUCAAAUGUGCAAAUAUACUGGUGGAUGCAAAUGAAUGUGCCAAACUUGCUGAUUUUGGUCUCGCAAAGGUUUCUGCACUGAAUAAUGUUUUCUCUUGCAAGGGAACUCCGUAUUGGAUGGCUCCUGAGGUUGUUAGUAGCAAGAAUCAAGGAUAUGGUCUAGCAGCUGACAUAUGGAGCCUUGGUUGCACUGUGUUAGAGAUGUUGACUCGUCAGUUUCCAUACUCAAAUUUUGAACCAGUAAGUAUAAGAUUGCGGUUUGUCAUCUUUCAUUAUGUUUUAUAUUCCAAACACCCUUUUUUUAAUGAAAAUUUAAUUGGAUGAAAUAUUUAGGAAAAGAAGCUAGGUUGAUCAUUUCUCCCUUAGAUUCAUAUGUUAUAUUGUUCUACUGACUUAGUUAGCUUGGUUUCAUAUAUUCCCUACGGUGAAUCUUUAAUUGGUUCAGCUUUGAUGCAUUCUUAGUAUGCAUGGUAGUUUGUAGUUUUUGGUUCAGAGACCACGUCAUCAAAUGAGUUUUUGUAUUGUGUUUUGUCAUUCUACUCACAUCUACGCUUGGUGUGUAUGAUGGCAAGCAAGAUUGAUGUGUAUACUAAAUAUAUGCAGAUAUUUCAUUAUUUUGACUUGUCUCUUCUCUCACUUGUGACAAUUGUUUUUUCUUGUUCUAGAACUUAAGUGGGGUGAUAUGCUUUGGCUACCUUAUGUGUUUAGUUCAUCACCUUUUGGUUAUUGUACUAUGGCUUAAUGUCAUUCCAGUGAUAUUGAAUUUUAAAGAGGUUUAAACUCUAGUGUUGCAGAUUUUGAGGUGAAAAGUACAAAAUUAAUGUAGUUUUCUGUUUCGAUGCAAUUGACGGAAAUGAGCAGAUGGCAGCCCUUUUCAGGAUUGGAAAUGGCGAACUACCACAGAUCCCUGAGACUCUCUUGCAGUGCAAAGGACUUUAUUCUCCAGUGUCUACAAGUUAGGCCAGAUGCCCGGCCGACGCCGGCUCAGCUCUUGAACCAUCCAUUUAUAAAGCUGUCUCUUUCCUCUUGAUCGGCAUCUCCAUACCAACUCAGCUGGCAUCCUGAGCAAAUCAUGUAAAAGCAUGUAUCCGCUACAUUAGGUUGCUGGAAAUUCAUCUUUUGGUUGACUACUCUCAAAACUUUUCGAGAAUAACUUCUUUUUUUCUUUUUCUUUUCAAUAUUUUCAAGUGUUGUUGACAGUUGAUUGAUCCUCAUGUUCACCUUGCUAUGUACUGCUGGGUGAUAGCGAUUAGGAAUAAUUCAUACUCUGUCAAGUCUGACUGAAAUGAACUGGAGAAUCUGCAUAUUGGCACAGAUCCUUAUUUGCAGUUUUGUUGCUUGUGCCUUAAAUGAUAUGAUCCAAGAAAUUUGAUGUCAAAAAUAUUCAAACUGUUUCUUUUUUUCCAGGUAGACCUG